GGUCUCUAUAUAAAUAUAAAAUAAUGGGUUUUUACAAAAGUUGAUUUAAACAUUUGUUCGGCUUAACAUUUAAAUUCUAUUGUUAUCACAACACCCCGUUCAUCAGUUCUUCACGCAAUGUUCUACCACUGUUCAUUGAGUUCUUUGAGAAUUCAGUGAGAGACCGUGUUAUGGGAUAGAAGGAUAGGGUAGGUCGGAAAUGCACUUCUAGUGAACAGGGGAUAUAGAUGGUGGCCAGAGACAAACCAUUGGACCGGUGUGGCAAAUAGCGGUGAUAGAAUCAAAAGAUUUGUCAUGUGAACAAUCUGAUGACGUCGUUCCUUUGUGAUGUCGUUUCUCGUGACGAUCCCUAUCUUGUUUUGUUUACACUAAACUGCCAACGCUUGUUACAUAAGGUCUGAACGCUGUGGAGGUCUAGCAGAUAAAUAACAACACACAAGUGUUGGUGUGUUUCGAUAAUGUUAUCCUCAAAGAACCCUUCGUUGCAGGGUUCGGUUAGAUCUAACUUAUCAUCACCCAGACCAAUGGUUCUGUCGUCCUCAAAUCUAUCGCCAAAUAGAAAUGGUAUUGCUAGUCGAGAAAAAAGUGUCUUGAAUGGGGAUUCUUUAAGUAGAACAAAAUCGAAACCACAAUCUUCUUCUGUGGGAUUUGAUAUGCAGAAGGAAUUGAUGGACAGGCACGCCAAAAUGCGGAAAAGGGAUCAGAUGGCCUACCAGCGCACCAAGAAGCUGUACCGAGUCGCUAAGGUUCAACUGGAUGGCCAACUUAAAACACUCAAUAAGCAUUUCAUGAGAGAAAGCAAAGAACUAGAGAGAGAAACAACUUUCAUUGCAGAUGAGGCUAAAAAGAUAGAGGAAAAAAAUCAAAUUUCUAGUUUUCCAUAUGAUUUUCACGCAAAAGAAAACCAAUCUACAAAACUUCCGGUUCUGAAUAAACCAACAUUCCUAGCACAUUCUCCCCCAUCAAAAAGCGACCUUUCGACGGGAGGUCAAGGUCAGUGUUUAUAUUGUAACGAAAACAGGUGCCACUUUUUCCCAUGCUACCUCCCUGUUACCUAUCAUUCACUUGGAGUCAUUCGUCGAGAGAAGAGCUUUUCUGUGCUGAAGAACUAUGACAGUCUUCUCAGCAGAUGUUCAAAAGUGCGUCCUCCUAGUCGUAAGUCGGUCUUAGAUGAGCAAAGCGAGCAGGGACUGAAUUUACCGACUCCGGGUGCCCGGAUAUCCGUACAGGAUCGAGAACGAGGCUUACAACAAUUGGUGAAGGAAAUGAAGGAACGGAACCGGAAAAUGAAACCACGUGACUGGGCCACAAAUUAUGGACAGCCGCUGCCGAGGAGAAUGUUACUGAAACCUGUCACUUAUGUCUCCGAUGCUGUAAUGGAAGUUGAUUGAUGAUAGUUUCAUGUAAAACGUCUUUGAGUUUUAUAGCAUUCUUGUUUCAUCGUGCAUAAUUUCCACGAGACACUGUUUUUGUUUUAAGUUACAAGUAUAGCUUAGGUAAUAAAUGUUUACAAUACUAUUAUCCUUAAGUUUGUAAUGAAAACGAUUACGGCACAAGAACUGCCUCUGUAAUCUUUUACUUGACGUGUCUAUCAUUCAGGUGUUGUAAUAUUUUAAACAUUCAUUGGUUCGUCUGCGAUAGAGAGCGAGUCAUUUGUACAUAGAUUGUGACAAAUGUUCAAGGAAUUCCUUUCAGCUCUUGCACAGCAGAUGUUUCUAUGAGACGGGGAC